UCUGAGCCGCGGAGGUGAGCGAGGUGCAGAGUUGGCCCGGGAGCUAUCGUUCAUUUGACUGACUGCAGUGUUUAUUAGGACUUCGGUUUUACCUGAGCUCCGCCCAUAGGUCCGCCUCUUUGGGGGGCGUAUAGCUUUCCUCCUAAAUCCCACCGCGUCCAUCUCCUAACCUGUGGCGGCGCUUCUACCUAUCUGCCUGCCGCUAGUCAGGAAGGAAGGAAGGGAGGGAGGGAGCAGCAGCAAUAGCAGCAGCAGCAGGAGGAGGAGAAGAGGCCUGGCCCGAGGAUUCGCAGCCAUUUCGCGGCCGAACACAUCCUCCUGGAGCGGAGUGCGGUUCUGUGAGGGAGGGAGCAGCCCACACACAGGGCCCCCUCACUUGUCACCCGGAUCGGGCCCCAUUCGCUGCUGCGGAGAUGAUGCCGACUAUUUUAACAGUGUUUCUUAGCAACAACGAGCAAAUACUGACAGAAGUGCCAGUUACACCUGAAACAACAUGCCGAGAUGUGGUAGAGUUCUGCAAAGAGCCAGGCGAGGGGGCAUGCCACCUGGCUGAAGUGUGGCGUGGUAAUGAGCGCCCAUUACCAUAUGAUCAUCUCAUGUUUGAGCACUUGCAGAAGUGGGGUCCUCGUAGAGAAGAGGUGAAAUUCUUCCUUCGUCAUGAGGAUUUUCCAGCUGAGACCAAUGAACAGUCUCGUCAAAGCCCAAAUCAAAGAAAUGGCCUUGCAGGAGAGAAGCGACUUGAAAAUGGGGUUGGCAAUCCACGUGUUGAGCUCACGCUUUCUGAACUCCAAGACAUGGCUACCCGCCAACAACAGCAGAUUGAGAAUCAACAACAGAUGCUGGUGGCAAAGGAGCAGCGCCUAAGGUAUUUAAAGCAACAGGAACGACGGCAGCUUCAGUCAGUAUCUGAGACCGAAAAACUUCAAAAACUCAGAGAGAGAGUGGAGCUGCAAGAGAACAAACUGAAGAAGAUCCGCUCAGUGAGAGGCCAAGUGGAUUACAGCAAAGUCAUAAAUGGAAAUCUGUCUGCAGAAAUAGAACACAUCACUGAUAUGUUCCAAGAAAAGCAGCAGGAGCUGCAGGCGGCAGUACUGAAAGUAGAGCAGUUGACUCAACAGCUGGAGGACCUGAGGAAAGGGAAGCUGAAUGGAUUCCAAGCUUAUAAUGGGCAGUUGACUGGGCCAGCUGCUAUAGAACUGAAGAAGCUUUAUCAAGAAUUACAGAUAAGAAAUCGUCUCAACCAGGAACAAAGCAGUAAACUACAGCAGCAGAAGGAACUGCUAAACAAGCGCAACACGGAAGUUGCAAUAAUGGACAAACGAAUUAACGAGCUACGUGAACGUCUCUACAAGAAAAAAGUUGAGGCACGUCAAAAAGAAAACAUUCCCUUGAAUCGCAUCAAUGGAACCCCAUCCCCUCAGUCUACUUUAUCUGCAUCUGGUCGAGUUGCAGCAGUGGGGCCCUACAUACAGGUACCCACUGCUACUAACUAUAGCAUGCCUGCUGACCCAGUGAAGCCACAGUCCCUCUCCCUUGCUGCUGGCGCAACACACACACGCUCCAAAUCUGUUCUACCUUGUUCUGCUCCUGUAACAGCAGACAGUGGGUGUGUGAGAAAAUCUCCAGGCCUCUGGAAGAUUUCAGAUUUAGACAUCAUUGUGGAUCCUGUGCAGUCAGAUUCCACUUCCCAUCUUCAGCCUUCUGACCACAAUGUCAUUCAUCAGGCACCUGCUCUGUCUGACAGCCUGCAUCCAAAUGAUGCCACCUGGCCUACGCUGAAACAAAACGCUAUAUCUGUGGCUAAACCACCCCAGCUCAGCACUCCAGACCGGAAGGAUUCAAAUUCUGAUGCACCAUUCAAAUCUGGCACUAUAUCAAGCCAGCCCAUGCCUUCCACAGCCGCUGGGCCCAACGAGAAAUUGGCUGCUGACACAGGAAAGCUUCCCACACAGAUGCCUGGGUUGAGCAAAACUUUGCCACAUAACUAUGGCAUGUACCAGAAUUCUCUUCCUCUCAGUGCAACAAAUUCAUUGGAAAGAAGGGAUGGAAGUCUGCCGAGACCUGGAUCUGGGCCUACAACUCGUCCGCGGCCUCUUCCUUUAGCUUCAACAAGCAAUGUCCAUCCUCCAGGCUCUUCACAACAAAUACAACAGAGGAUAUCUGUGCCACCCAGCCCAACAUACCAGCCCUCUUCCUCCCCCAUAUUCCCUGGAACUGAUGGAAGGCCUGAUCCUCCUCUAACUGUCGCCAUUCGGCCUUUUCUGGCAGACAAAGGAUCAAGACCACAGUCUCCUAGAAAAGGUCCACAGACAGUUAAUUCCAGUUCCAUCUACUCUAUGUACCUCCAACAAUCCGCUCCACCAAAGCACUACCAGCAAGCUGUAUAUAACACCUUAAAUAAAUCAGUUAAAGCAGUUUAUGGAAAACCCGUUGUACAGUCAGGAUCAAAUAACUCUUCCCCAUUACCUUUUAUGCAUGGAGCAUCAUCUGGAACAUCGCAUGUUCAGGUGGACGGUAUGGACAGAGAACAAGGUGUUGAGGUGGCUCCCCCUUCUGGGGAAAACAGUGGUGUGGAAAAUAUUCCGCGCCCGCUUAGCCCCACCAAACUAACACCAAUUGUUCACUCGCCUAUGAGAUAUCAAAGUGACGCAGACCUUGAAGCUCUGAGACGAAAACUAGCCAAUGCACCUAGACCAUUAAAGAAAAGGAGUUCAAUAACCGAGCCAGAGGGUCCAAGUGGACCCAAUAUACAGAAAUUGCUGUAUCAGCGCUUCAAUACUCUUGCUGGGGGAAUUGAGACUGCUCCUUUUUACCCUCAAAGUAACUCUCAAGACUUUGUAGGCAUCAUAGCAGAUGUUGAUAAUGGCAACACCAACACAAAUGGAAAUGUAGAGGAAGCUAUUUCCAUACAGCCGGCAGUUGUUUCUCCUCCUCUUCCUGAACCUCAGCUACCUGCAGAUGAUAAUGACAACAAGUUGUGUUCACCUAUUACUGAGGAACCUGUAAGCAUUGAAAGCAUCAGCCACAUCUCCGAAUCAACAGAAGACAACAACAAUAAUCCUGCCAUAGCCCCUUCCAAUGAGAAAACGCCAAGCCCAAUUCUUGAAGCUGCAUCUCCAGUCAAAGAGGAGAUUCUGCCAUCACCCAGCAUUCCAGCGCCAACACAACAGAAGGUUAAACGCACUAACCUAAAGAAACCAAAUUCAGAAAGGACCGGCCAUGGGCUCAGAGUGAGAUUUAAUCCUCUGGCUUUACUGCUCGAUGCUUCAUUAGAAGGAGAGUUUGACCUGGUACAGAGAAUAAUUUAUGAGGUUGAAGAUCCCAGCAAACCGAAUGAUGAAGGAAUAACACCCCUACACAAUGCUGUGUGUGCAGGACAUCACCAUAUUGUCAAAUUCUUGCUUGACUUUGGUGUAAAUGUGAAUGCAGCAGAUAGUGAUGGUUGGACCCCAUUGCACUGUGCUGCUUCAUGUAAUAGUGUUCACCUCUGCAAAAUGCUGGUGGAGUGUGGAGCGGCCAUCUUUGCUACCACUAUUAGUGAUGUUGAGACGGCUGCAGACAAGUGUGAGGAGAUGGAAGAGGGAUAUAUCCAGUGUUCCCAGUUCCUAUAUGGAGUUCAGGAGAAGCUUGGAGUGAUGAAUAAAGGCUUAGUAUAUGCACUGUGGGAUUACGAGGCCCAGAAUGCUGAUGAACUCUCGUUCCGAGAAGGAGAUGCCGUUUCGAUUGUGAAGCGCAAGGAUGAUGUUGAAACUGAAUGGUGGUGGGCCCGUCUCAAUGAUAAGGAAGGAUAUGCACCUAAAAAUCUACUUGGGUUGUACCCACGGAUCAAACCUAGACAGCGAACUCUGGCUUGAAGCACACAAUCGUGUUCCCUGCUCAUGCUGGAAGAUGCACAAGGACUCCUGAGCCCAUUCAUUAACACAUUUCAUAAGGAUCUGCAGCUGUAGUAUAGCUUGAAAGGUGCUUAUUUGCAAAAGACAGCAUUUCAAAAGCAAAACUAUGUAUACUCCUUCAAUAUCCCAAGCCACCGAAACUCCUGUUUUGCAUUGGUCGUGGUACAAACUAGUUGCUGACAACAAUAACAUGAAAUGGUUGUCCAACUGACUGGAAUUCAUAAUAAAAGGUUAAAUAGCACUCUAUCCUCUGGUACUACCGCCACUGUCCCACUGUAAAUAUGACAAACCGCAAGCUGCCUCACACUGUUUCUGUUUGAUGAACCCUUUCCCCGCUUGCUUAUGCCAGUAAUGUUUUAGUGCCCGUGAUUCUAGUAGGAGCUGCUCCUCAGCUAUAAUAAUUAUACCCACAUUUGGCACGUAACAUCACAGUGUUUUUCAUUUGGUUGUGCAGAUCUCAUUUUUAAUGAGUGCAAGCCUUAUUUGCCAACUGGAAAAGUUCUACAAAGGCACGUGCUUUGCCAAGAGGGGAGAAGGGGUUUGUAUGUGUGUGACUGGCAAAGUGAUGGGCAUAUGGGCUAAUGCUACUUGUGUAUCAGUUUUAUUUUGGUAUGAAAGCUGUAUGAAGUAAUGCAGGUUUGAAUUGGGAUGGAUAUGAGCUGUGAUAUCCUGAGGGACAGGAGGAUGUGCCAAUAGCACUUAUGGGCAGGUGUUAAAUGACUAGUCGCUGUGCUUAUGGUGGGAGGGAGGUAGGUUAUACUUCCCUUGGUGAAGGCUGCUAGAAAUGAAUGUGGAAAGAAAUAACAAGCAAAGGUCAAGUGUUAUCCCUUUGGGCACAGUGGUGCAACUAGUUUAAUACAGAUCAAGGGGCAGCCAAAAUGCAAACUAAGCAUGUCCCCUUGGUGUUGGGCAUUGCCCUGAAGCAGUUAUCAGGACUCUGCUUUCUAGCUCUCAGCCAGCACCUGUCUGUUUCACAAGUAAAGGACCAAUGGUAGGAGUUGUUGGCCACAAAUAAUAUAAAGAGGGUAUUGCAAGCAGCCUCAAAGAUUGUUCUUUAGGGCUUGAGGUUAUAUUCAUUGUGCUGUUGCACUUGGCUUGACAUAAAAAUUAGGGAUGCCUAGCUGCUGCUGAGCUACAACUCCCACAAUAAACACAUCCAGAACGUCUCAAGAAUGUGUUUCAGGAUGGCAGGAGUAUGUUAGAGAAGGCUUGGAAAGUGGUUUGGCACGGAGUUUCUGUGAAGAGGCUAAAGUAUGUAGAAUCCAAUAAGGAGAGAAUGGCGUGCAAGUGAUUUCCAUGUAUGUGAGUGAGACGAGAAUGUUGGGGUGCUAAGGAAAGGUUUGCACUAAGUUAUACACUGUAGUGUGAGGGGUGCAGACGUACUUCACACAGAUUCACUGUACAUGCUUUAUUACCAGAAGUAUUUUUAUUUUUUAUUUCCCUACCCUGUAAGCAUAGUUUCAUUCUCCUGCCUAUGUAAGGCCCCACACUUGCACAUACUAGGUGUAAUUUAUAACCAUUCACUUCCACUGUGCUGAAUAUGCUUUUACCAUGUUUGCAUUUACGUGUAUAUAUUGUGGUGAUGGUGGAUAAUAUAAAAUUGUUUCAAAUGAUUUGCUACUACUGAAGUUAUUUCUGAAAGGUCAUGGAAAAUAGAAUUCAGAAAAAAAAACCACUUGUAAAUUGACAAUAAAAUUCUGCUGAAGCAUGUUCAAAUGUGA